AUGAACAUGCUUGUGCACGAUCUAGGGUUUGCCCAUCGAGCCUGCGAUCGCUGCCAUGGCCAGAAGUUACGUUGCAGGAGAGAGAGUAACAGCAGCACUUGUGUGCGGUGUGCUCGGGCAGGCGUUCGAUGUACUCCUCGACAGAUGAGGCUACGGUCUCGAGCACAAUCCAACAAGGACCCCCACCCGCCACAUUUACAAUCCCAUCAGGAUGCUGAGACUGCAAGCCAGAAUUAUGCUACCCAGGAAGAAAGCACUAAUGAUGUGGACAACGGCAUCUCGAACGAUUUCAAUUAUCUACCAAUAACUAUGCUAGAUAUGUCCUCUGACCUGAAUCUUGAAUCGGAUUCCACGGCCUUUCGAGCCGACAUUGACCCAGAAUUAGCGGCUCGGUAUCGUCCUGCAGGCGCCGAGGCGAGAGCACCCAACCUCCACAUGACCCAUCAGUCAUACUCCCAAGGUCCUCCAAAUCUCAGGACCGUGGUUCAAGCGGCACAUAGACACUGGGGAGAUAUUCCGAGCGAGCAUUCAUCCGAGGAGUUGUGUGACUUCACAUCGCCGACCGCGAUGCACCCUUCUUUCCCCUCGGCGUCUUUGGGGAGAAAUAUAUCUCUUUCCCCUCAUCAGCCCCAGGAUGAAGACAACAUGAUGGAUCUUGAUCAAAGAAGGGGAAACUCUCGAAGCUGCGAUGUCCCGAAUCCAGGCACAGAUUCGGGGUACGCUGCGAGCCAACCAGAGACACCGGGAAGAGCCUCCAAUAACAUUCAGGAAACACAUCAUUCGAAUAUGUCUUCUUGGAUCCGCCAAUUGUCCAACUCCAAUUUGCAGCUGCACCAGCAUAUGCAUUCGAUACCCAUGGUUGAACCAGAGAAAGACGGCCAACGGGAUAGUUCUGAGGAUUUUCUGACGUGUCCGGACGGCGAAACACAACUUCCAGUGGAUCGCACGUUCAAACUUUCGAGUCAAUAUACGGAACUCCUCACGAGCAUCUGCUCUCGGCUCGAGUCAUGCAGAUCAAGAAAUGAUACGCAGGGAUUAGCGAGGCUCGUAUUGGACCAAUCUUCGCAGCUACUUGUCCUUUCUAGCUACAUGUGCCUUCUUCAGUCUUAUGACAAGAUUCUACAGCACAUCAAGGCGUGGUUAGAGGUGAGACUGAAAAUGGGGGUCCGAGGUAGCGCUUUAAAUCUGAAAGAAGGCGAAGGCAGCUCCUAUUUGCUGACUCAGUUGCCGGGCCUGGCUGUUGGUACUUUCGAGUUCUCUAAGACUUCGUCGGUUUCAUCUCUCGUCUUGAUGUGCAUUGUGGAGACGAACAUCAUGCAGAUGCACUCGCUGAUCAGCGAGUGCAUGAGACCCGCCUCUAAAGAUGUCCCCGGAUCCUCGCGUUCUUCGGGCGCAGAAAAGUGCUCCAUGAGUAGGGUUGCCGCUAUGGGCGAUGGGCUUUCUAGCGUAGCAAAGGUGACAUUGCAAGCGAUUGAAGCCAAUGAGGAUUCUAUACUACAAUUGGUGCAUGGUGUUUCGAAAUUAGCACUCCAGCGUGUUAUGCUAUGA